GACGUCAGAGAGAAGUCUGGAUAAAGGAUAUAGUGGUUGCUACCAAGAGCUGCUCUGUGAGCCAGAGGAACAUCGUCACUUUAAUGAAACCACGUCCCCUACCCCUGGCGUUUCUUCACCUUUUGCUGAAAGUUGCCCGUUGUUAUAGCAUAUCUGAGGUUGUCAGAGAUGACUCUGGUUCUGUCCAUGAAUAGAUUCUGCGAGCCCAUUGUCUCGGAAGGAGCUGCUGAAAUUGCUGGGUACCAAACACUAUGGGAGGCUGACAGCUACGGAGGCCCGAGCGCCCCAGGGCCAGCACAGGCUCCUUUGCAGGGAGACCGGGGAGCUGGUCCCCCAUUGGCAGGAUCACAUUACAGGGGAAUUUCAAAUCCUAUAACAACAUCCAAGACCACAUACUUUAAGAGGAAGUAUGUGGAAGAAGAGGAUUUUCACCCACCACUCAACAGCUGUAGCCAUAAAACCAUCUCCAUUUUCGAGGAACGAGCCCACAUCCUUUACAUGUCCUUAGAAAAGCUGAAGUUCAUCGAUGAUCCUGAAGUGUACCUCCGAAGGUCCGUCCUGAUCAACAACUUGAUGAAAAGGAUCCACGGAGAGAUCAUCAUGCAGAAUAACUGGUGCUUCCCUGCCUGUUCCUUCAACGGCGCCUCCGCCCAAGAGUGGUUCAUGGCUCAAGACUGUCCUUACCGGAAACGACCACGGAUGGCCAAAGAGGAGUGUGAAAAGUUUCAUGCCUGCUGCUUUUACCAAGAAUGUGGUGGUCACUACUUAAAUUUACCCCUGUCUGUCAACACUAGUGUCGAAAGUGCCUCCACCUCUGCCGCCUCCUCCACGUCCUCCUCGUCGUCCUCUCCCCCUCUGCCUUUACCGAGCUGUUCCCACCAGGUGGACUUCGAUGUAGGCAGUGUGCCUAUUUACAAGGGUGAUGGCCAGAUCCCUGCCAAUGAAAUCUUUGUCACUCAUGUCAGGUCACCUGGUGUUCAGGAAAAGGCCAAAUUAAAUGAGGAGAAAGCAAAUAAUGACAUCAGCAGAGAUGGUGGUCCCCUCGGCCAUGAACCUAUGGGAAAUGACCUUGCUUUUGAAUGCAAAGGCCAAUUUUAUGAUUAUUUUGAGACUGGUUAUAAUGAAAAAAACCAUGUAAAUGAGUCUUGGAAAAAGUCUUUAAGGAAAAAGGAGCCUUCACCAAGUAACAAACCAUGCUGCAGCAAAGGGAGUAAAAUCUGAGCCAUCUUUGCCCUGAAACUUUGAAGCAUGCACAGCAUGACCAAUUAGCUCUCAUAAAUUUUAUUUUGAAUGGAUUUUAUAGUUUUGUACAACUGAUAAAAUUAUGCCAUGAACAUGCCGUGUCGUUUUAAUGCCUGGAGAGCAGAUUGCAUAAAACAUCUGUAUAGUAGGCCUCUGUGAGCUACUUAUAAAUGUGGCAAUUUUACCAAGGAAACGGUUGACUUCAUGCUUAAAAGUGUAUCUUAGUUUUCUUAUAGAUAUUAAAAAAUAAAUGAGUAGAUUAGAUUAGGGGACAAUGUGCCCUUGUGAUAUAGUUCCACUACCCACGCACACCCCAC